AUGGCUUUCCCACAACUGUCAAAAGCGGCGCGCCUGAUCCUGGUUGGCGCGCCGGGCGUUGGCAAGGGCACACAGACCGAGCGCUUGAUGAAGAAGUUCACGGAUCUCUCUUCCAUAAGCUCUGGCGACUUGCUGAGGAAGAACGUGAGGGAGCGGACACCUCUCGGCAUCAAAGCCGAGCACUUGAUGAAAACCGGCGCACUGGUUCCGGAUGCUAUGAUUUUGCGACUGAUUGUCAACGAGCUCACGACACGCGGAUGGAUACGAGACAGCACCAUUCGGCCGUAUGCUGUAUAUUCUAGCUCGGUCGAGAUGGAAGACACAACAGUGGACUCUGUGCACAUUCCGUCAGAAAUACGAACGUCACGAUACACCUUCUCAGAUCGGCCAUCGACCUCUUUCAUACUGGACGGCUUCCCCAGGACCGCGGGUCAGGCAAUCCAACUGGAUGCGAUCGUGCCCAUUAAUUUGGUCGUGAAUCUGAACACGCCCACCGACAUCAUCAUCGAUCGCAUCUGCAAUCGCUGGGUACACGAACCUUCAGGGCGAGUUUACAACACGACAUUCAACGCGCCCAAAGUUGAGGGCAAGGACGAUGUCACAGGCGAGCCUCUCACUCGACGCGCGGAUGAUGACCCGGAGGUGUGGAAGGCACGGCUGAAGCGCUUCAAGGAGAACAACGAGCCGCUGCUCGAACACUAUGACAAGCUCGGCGUUCUGUGGGAGGUGAAGGGGAACAGUAGCGACGAGAUCACGCCGAAAUUGUUUGAGGAAUUCAGCAGGCGAUUUGGCGCCGAGAGCUGAGAAGCACGGCCUUGUAUGGCUUCAAGCCCGUUCGUUGCAGUAAAACUUGCUGGACCACUCCACAGCGAUGCGUGUAGGGCAUCUGGGUUUUCUUACAGCAAGCGGUGUCGUGUUCAAUGUGGCAACUGCCAGCACGCGGCUUCCCAUUCACUAUUCACCAUUCACCAGUAAAUAUUAGGUGGACUGCGUCUUGUACUAUAGCGGCCAGGUCCGCAUUUCUGUAGACAUUACUAAUUGGCUCACUCGCUA